UUGAAGCAGGCAGACGUGCGUUGUAUCCGCUUCCGAAUUUCGCCGCUUCCAUCGGGUCGUUGGUCCGCCUGUAAGUGUGUGAGUGUGUCGGUGUUCCAUAGCGUUCGUAUUCAUUCUGCACGUGCUGACCGCCGCGACAUAGUCGAGUGGCACUGGAAUAGACAGUGGUAGCGGAAUUAAUUAAUGCUCAGGUAGAGCCACGAUCACAGGUAGAGGAAGGCUCCAAUCGAGAAGUGAACUAUCCCUCCGUAUGUCAUCAUGGAUAGUAGCGCCAAGCCAACGCGAAAGAAUCCGCGCCAGAAGGCAAAUAUUAUCUCACAAUUGAUAUUUGCCUGGGUCAUACCUUUGCUAUACCGUGGAUCUCGACGGGGCUUAAAUACGGAUGAUCUGACCAAGUGCCUCAAAGAAGAUCAGUCCGAACAGCUUGGGGAUCGUUUGGAAGAGCAAUGGUUUAAGGAACUGGAACGCUCACAUCGUAAGAAAAAGAAGCCCCACCUCAGGAAUGCUCUGUUCCGCUGCUUUUUAGGACCCACGAUAGUUAAUGGUCUCAUUUGCCUGAUCUACAUAAUAAUCAAAACCUUGAUACCAGCUGUCCUGGCCCAGUUGUUGAUUCAAUUCCAAAAGGCUCCUAUUUCGAAAGCUGCUAGCGUAAUGGACAGUAUGGAAAGUGAUUGGUUGGUCAAUCGGACUGCUCGUUCCGUUGGAAAAUAUAUGCUCGCACGGGCCGUGGCCGAUGCUAGUGGGUCUCCAAGUGAUAACCACUCCCCCAAUUCCCUGGACAAGGGAGGUCCCUUUAAGGAGCCCCUUCAACCGGUGUUUGAUGGGAUGGGUCAAAACGAAACCUUGGUGCGAAAUCUCUGGGAUCAGUCGACUUCCUAUAUUUGGCAUGACACCAAUGCUCUGGGCACUGUCCUGGUUACUUCGACCCUAUUCUGCUGCUUCCUGCUGCACCACGUUGAUCUCCGUCAGCGGCUGAUGGGCGCUCGUAUGCGUAUAGCUUGCUGCUCUUUGAUCUACCGGAAAACCCUUCGCCUCUCGAUGAAAACAGCGGGCCAGACGCCGGCUGGUUACCUUAUCAACCUGCUCUCCAAUGACGUGAAUCGCCUGGACUAUGGUUUUAUAUUCAUGCACUGGAUCUGGAUUAUGCCGCUGCAGGCGAUCCUCACAUGCUACCUGAUUUGGCUGAACAUUGGCAUACCGGCGCUGGUGGGAGUGAUUGGAUUGAUGCUAAAAACGGUGCCCGUACAGACGGCCUUGAGCAAGGUCACCUCAGUGCUGCGGAUGAGAAUUGCGGAACGAACGGACGCCAGGGUGGGCAUCAUGAACGAGCUGGUGCAGGGCAUCCAGGUUAUAAAGAUGUACGCCUGGGAGCGACCCUUCCAGGCGGUGGUGGCUGAGGCUCGGCGCCGUGAAAUCAAGCAGAUCCGCUAUGCAUCCUACCUGCGAGGCUUCUACCUCAGCACCAUGGUGUUCACGGAGCGCUCCACGCUCUACAUCACCCUUGCGGCGGCUGCUCUGAUGGGUCAGACUAUUACGGCAGACUUUGUCUUCUCGGCAGCCAGUUACUACAACAUCCUGCAGUUGGUGGCCGCUAUCUGGUAUCCUCUGGCUGUGAGCUUCGGAGCAGAAGCCUUGGUAUCCCUGCGUCGAAUUCAGGAUUUCCUAUUGCUGGAUAGUCGCGAGGAACGGACACAUGGACUGACGCACAAGCGAGACCAGGAGGCCGGCGAUAGUAGAGCUGUAACCAUCAAGGACAUCAACGCCAGCUGGGACAAUGAGAAGCCACAGAGGACGCUGCAGAGCGUUAAUCUGCAAAUCGAGAAGGGUCAACUGUGCGCUGUAAUUGGACCUGUCGGUGCUGGCAAGAGUUCCAUACUCCAGUUGCUCCUAGGCGAGCUGCCUAUCAUCGAUGGCGGGGUAGUGAUUCAAGGCGACCUUUCCUAUGCUGCCCAGGAACCCUGGCUCUUCACUGGAUCAGUACGGAAUAAUAUCCUCUUUGGUGAGGAUUAUGAAAGGAAGCGCUACCAGGAGGUGACUCGUUGCUGCGCCCUGGCUACAGACUUCCAGCAGCUGCCUAGCGGCGAUAAAACCAUUGUCGGUGAGCGUGGGGCCUCCUUAUCUGGAGGUCAACGAGCGCGGAUCAGCUUGGCGCGAGCUGUUUACAAGCCGGCGUCGAUUUAUCUACUCGAUGACCCGCUAAGUGCUGUGGAUGCCCACGUGGGAAGGCAUCUGUUUGAUGAGGUGAUCGGUCCCCGUGGACGACUAGCUCAGCAGAAGGCCACCCGCAUCCUCGUGACCCAUCAAGUACAUUUCCUGUCCGAGGCCGAUUUGAUUGUGAUUGUGGACCAGGGGCGGAUUUUGCGACAGGGCACUUACCAGGAACUGAUCAACAGUGAUUUGGACUUUGCCAAGCUUUUGGAGCGCCCUAAGGAGGAGACAGGGGCGGACAACAGUCGCCAAAAGUCAUCGAUCAGCGGCAUCUCGCUGGAUAGUGAUGAUGAGGAUAUACCCUUUAUAGAUGGGGAGAAGGAUGGGUAUCAGCAGCUGAGGAAGCAGAGCAGCUCGGAGCAUGGUAGCAAGUCGUUGGACAGCUCGCAGCAAGAUGAGGAAGUGGACGAGGAGGCUCUGGCCGAAGCCCAAGCCUCGGGUGGAAUACAUCCUCGUGUGUGGUACGAGUACUUCCAUGCAGGCAGCACUCUCAUCAGCUUCAGCUUCAUGGUUUUCGUGAUGAUCAUGUCCCAGGUGGUGUGCAGCAGCUCGGACUUCUUUGCCAACAUCUGGACGCAGCAGGAGCACCAAAGGUCACAGGGAGAGGCCACUAGCUUCACAACCUUCGAGUGCCUGUACAUCUACGGUGCCUUGAUCAUUGCCGUGGUCAUUAUGACCACCUUCCGUGGCUUUCUGUUCUUCAAGAUCUGCAUGCAUGCCUCAAAAGUGCUGCACGAUCGUAUGUUUGCCUGCAUCCUGCAUGCCACCAUGAGAUUCUUUGACACCACUCCCUCGGGACGCAUUCUGAAUCGUUUCUCCAAGGACAUGGGUGCCAUUGAUGAGCUGCUUCCCCGAGCCAUGAUGGACUUUAUACAGAUCGCCCUGGUGAUGUUCGGUAUUCUAAUUGUGAUCAGCAUAGUGAAUCCGGUUUUAAUUGCGGCCAUAUUGGUGGUUGCAUUGGUGGAUGUGCUCAUCCUAUGUUUGUACCUGCGUCCUUCUCAGGACCUGAAACGGCUGGAGGGUAUCUGCCGGAGUCCGGUCUUCUCCCACCUGAGUGCCUCGCUCUCUGGUCUGGCUAUUAUCCGAUCCCGGCAGCUGCAGGAGGUGGUGGCCAAGGAGUUUGACCUGCUCCAGGAUGUGCACAGCAGCGUCUGGCAGCUCACAAUGGCGGCCAAUACAGCCUUGGGCUUAUGGCUGGACUGCGUCAGUUGCGUGUUCCUCACCGCGGUCACGUUCAGCUUUAUUGUGGGCAAUGAAUCCACCUACAGCGGCAACGUGGGUCUGGCUAUCUCCCAGGCCAUGAUCCUCACAGGCAUGGUGCAGUAUGGUGUGCGUCAGGUGGCCGAGUCCUUGCAGCAAAUGACCAGCGUGGAACGCGUGCUGCAGUACACCGAACUGGAGCAGGAGGCGGCGCUGAGUGAGAAGAUUCCACCGCAGCAGUGGCCUACCCAGGGACAGGUGGAGUUCCGCAACAUGAGCUGUCGCUACGAUCCGAAUGGCUCGCCGGUGCUGAAGAACCUUAAUCUCACCAUUGAGGCGGGCUGGAAGGUGGGCAUUGUUGGUCGCACAGGUGCUGGCAAGUCUUCCCUAAUUGGAGCCUUGUUCCGGCUGGCCCACAUCGAGGGCGAGAUACUCAUCGAUGGCGUAGAGACGGGAACCAUUGCAUUGGAGGUUCUGCGUACUCGCAUCUCCAUUAUACCUCAGGAUCCGGUUCUCUUCUCUGCCACCAUUCGAUACAACCUGGAUCCAUUUGAGCGGUACACUGAUGCCGAGCUCUGGAGCGCUUUGGAGGAUGUAGAGCUGCGUGGUGCCAUUCCUGGACUGGACUUUAUGGUCACGGAGCGGGGCAGCAACUUCAGUGUGGGUCAACGGCAGUUGCUCUGCUUGGCAAGGGCGAUUCUGCGGAACAACAAGGUCCUUGUGCUGGACGAAGCCACGGCCAAUGUGGACCCACAAACUGAUGCCCUAAUCCAGCGCACAAUCCGCAUCAAGUUCCAGCAGUGUACGGUCCUCACGGUGGCCCACCGACUGCACACGGUCAUGGAUUCUGAUAGGAUCAUUGUGAUGGACGCCGGAGUGGCUGUGGAAUUCGAUGUUCCGCAUCUGCUGCUGAAGAAAUCCCGCGGACACCUCCGGCAAAUGGUGGAGGCCACGGGCGCCGAGGCGGAUGCUCUCAAAAAGGUGGCCAGUGACAGUCACAAGCGCAUGCAGAGACUGAGGGAUGAGCGCGAUCGUGCCGCGCAGGGAGAAGAGAGUGAGGAGUAGACUUCGAGUGCGUCUUAUCGGGAUUUGCAUUUACCCAAAAUUGGUGCUUCAAGUGGCUCAAAAUGGUUGCUCCAAGGAGCCAAACAAAAGCCGUACCAAAAUGAAUUUCCUCUACUCACACAAGACACAUACAUUAUGUUGUUAUACGUGUUUAAUGUACUUAGUUAAGUUUGUAAACGAAAAGUCUUGAUGUGCUGCCUUAUACGUAUUGUACUUAUGCUUAGAUAUAAUCUCUACAACAGGAACUGCAGUGAGCUUUUGUGUACAAAAUCCUCUUGUAGAUCGCCAGUGAAAAGUUCGCCAACUGAGAAC